AUGGAGAGAGAAAAUGGCACAAUAGUGACUGAAUUCAUCCUUCUUGGUCUGACACAAUCUCAAAAUAUUCAACGACUGGUCUUUGUACUAGUUUUAACUUUCUACCUCAUCAUCCUCCCUGGAAAUUUCCUCAUCAUCCUCACCAUCAAGUUAGACCCUGGCCUCUCUGCACCCCUCUACUUCUUUCUAGCGAACUUGGCCUUCCUGGAUGCAUCCUACUCCUUCAUUGUGGCUCCCAGGAUGCUCGCAGAUUUUGUAACUAAGAAGAAGAUAAUCUCCUACAGAGGUUGCAUCGCUCAGCUCUUCUUCUUGCACUUCCUUGGAGGAGGUGAGGGUCUGCUCCUUGUGGUGAUGGCCUUUGAUCGCUAUAUUGCCAUUUGUCGGCCUUUACACUAUUCAACAGUCAUGAACCCCAGAGCCUGUUAUGCCUUGGUAUUUGGUCUAUGGCUUGGAGGCUUCAUCCACUCCAUUAUCCAGGUAGCACUCAUUCUUCGUUUACCCUUCUGUGGCCCAAAUGAACUGGAUAACUUCUUCUGUGAUGUGCCACAGGUUAUCAAGCUGGCUUGCACGGACACCUUUGUAGUGGAGCUUCUCAUGGUUUUUAACAGUGGACUGAUGACACUCCUUUGCUUCCUGGGACUUCUCGCCUCCUAUGCAGUCAUUUUGUGCCGGGUGCGUGGUGCUUCCUCUGAAGGGAAGAGCAAAGCUGUGUCCACAUGCACUACCCAUAUCAUUGUUAUAUUUCUCAUGUUUGGUCCUGGCAUUUUUAUCUACACUCGCCCCUUCAGAGCUUUCCCAGCAGACAAGGUGGUUUCUCUUUUUCACACAGUCAUCUUUCCUUUAUUGAAUCCCGUGAUUUAUACUCUUCGCAACCAGGAAGUGAAAGCUUCCAUGAGAAAGCUGUUCAUCCAGCGUGCAGCCUGA